UCUAUCUUCCAAUCACUUAUCCUGAGUUGUGUAAUGGGGAAGGAGGUGCAGCCUGUCCAAGCAGCUUAGGGCACAAGACAGGUGCACACCCUGGAUGGGACGCUAGUCCAUCACAAGGGCACAUGGUACACUAUGGGCUAUUUAGCCUAAAUGUCUUGUCUUUGGACUGCGGUUGUAAGCCUGAAUACCCAGAAUAAAUUCACACAACAUGGGGAGAGCAAGCAAACUCCACAUAAAGAGAUGUGGUUGGAUUCAAACCCAAACCCUGGAGGUGGGAGCUAAUAGUUCUGUGCACUGAGGCAGCAUACUGCCCAUUCAGUGUAGCAUCUAACAUGAAACAAAAAGUACAUCUUGUUGCCGUGACGUAGCUUAACUUACACCAUGUCAGCAUUUCUGAUGUAUCAUUGCAGAGUAAAUUUGUAUGUUUUCAGUAUUAUUAGUAUUUUGAGGUGGGUCUUAGUGAGUGAAAAUAAUUGACACCCUUUCCCUUCUUUACAAGGUACUUUGUCACCAUUAAGUAGUUCAUCAUGUAGUGGAGAGGAUUAUUUACAGUAAUAUGCAGCACAAUCUUGUGAAUCAGCAAUAGGGGGCAGCGUACGGCUCGGUGGGCUAGGCCUCUGAUCGGGAGGAUCUGAGGUCAAAAGGUCACAUCAACCUGGCAAUGAUGGCGGUCGCCUUGCAGGAUCACGCGGUGAGAGAUUUACAGCUACACCGGUUACCGCUGCAGGAUUCAGUGCGGCGAAGACACACCGGUACACAGAGGGACAGGACCCCCCAGUGGUGGGCCGAAGCUGCGCAUCAGUCUGGGGAAAGAACCCAGAGAUGCCGAGAGGCUCACAGCCUGGAAGAGGAGUAUGUCCUUGGGCCAGGCCCUCCACCACUUACAUUAGCCCAGAAGCUUGGCUUGGUCGACGCCCCUCCGACGCCCCUGACCACAGAUGAGUGGCACCAGGUUAAGUUGCGGUCCCUCCAACAAGGGGACUCCAGCCAGCCCUGCGCCAUCUGCCGGGAGGAGUUCCGACUCCAGCCCCAGGUUCUGCUGUCCUGCUCUCACGUCUUUCACAGGGCCUGCCUGCGUGCCUUGGAGCGCUUCUCCAGCAGGAAGUGCUGCCCCAUGUGCAGGAGGAAGCAGUAUGAGACCAGAGUGAUUCAUGAUGCCGCUCGUCUCUACAGGGAAAAGUGUGCCGUCAGGAUCCAGGCGUGCUGGAGAGGCUAUGUCGCUCGGAGGUGGUACAGGCACGCAAGGAAGACGGUGCCUCCCAAGGACAAGCUGCUAAGAAGGAAGUUCUUCGAAGAAAAGCUGCAGGAAAUUAGCGAUGGCUUCAUGCGAUGCUGUGACAACAGCGUUGAGGAAUUCAUAAGCGCCCUCGACCUCUCCAUGGAGUCCAGUAGGCAGGCAUUCCGUGAAUUUGAUAGGCAGCACCUCUCCCAGAUGAAGGAAGAGGACUGGGCCAAGAUAAAGCAAAAGGCCUCACAGCGAGAAGCUUCGGACUGCCCCAUCUGCCUCACUCGGCUACACCCUGGCAGCGUGGAGACGUCAGGGAGGCCCAGUGGAGGGUUCCGGCAGGCCAUGCUGCUAUCUUGCUCACACGUCUUCCACGCGUGCUGCCUGCAAGCCUUCGAGGAAUUCUGCUGGGAGGGGCGGCCGGUGUGUCCCGUGUGCCGCUCACCCUAUCAGAAGAGGGCGCUGUAAUCACCUUAUUCCGUGAAGGGCAAAUCAGCAUAAGGCCUAUAUGAGUAUCAUGGACCAUAACCACCUGGUUAAGUAUAACAAACAAGUGCAAAUGGAGAGAUGACAGCAAAACCACCAUCUGGUUCCUGCAUCCUAAAACAUACACAAUUCCCGGUUAGUCAUAUGCAUGAACUAGGAAGUAAUUACAAUUUAAGGACAAUUUUACCAUCACUGAAUUCUAUUGCUUACAUCCAUCCAUCUUUCACCUGCUAAUCUUAGUCAGGGUCACGGGGGGGGGAUCAGGAGGUCACCAGUUCAAAUCCCAGGGUCAGUAGGGUGGCUUCACUGUUGGACCCUUCAGCAAGACCCUUAACCCCCAAUUUUUCCAGCCAAUGUCUGACCCUGCUAGCUCUCUCAAAAACAAAAGUAGUCUGCUAAAUAAAUUAAAUAUAUACUUUCUCAUAAAA